AUGGCACCCAAAGUCGCUAUCGUUUUCUACUCGAUGUACGGCCACAUCCUCCAGCUCGUCGAGGAGGAGGCCAGAGGUAUCAGAGAGGCCGGUGGUGUUGUCGACAUCUACCAGGUCGAGGAGACCCUCUCCGAGGAUGUCCUUGCCAAGAUGCACGCCCCUCCCAAGGCCAACUACCCCAUCCUUUCCGACCCCAAGACCCUUGAGCAAUACGACGGUUUCCUCUUCGGUAUCCCCACCAGAUACGGCAACUGGCCCGCACAGUUCAAGGCCUUCUGGGACAAGACUGGUGGCCAAUGGCAGACCGGUGCCUUCUGGGGCAAGUACGCCGGUGCCUUCGUUAGCACUGCCACCCCCGGUGGUGGCCAGGAGUCUACCGUCAUCAGCGCCAUGUCGACCUUCGUCCACCACGGUAUGAUCUUCGUUCCCCUCGGCUACAAGACCGUCUUCGGCACUCUCGCCGAUCUCACCGAGGUCCGCGGUGGCUCCCCCUGGGGUGCUGGUACUUUCGCCGGUCCCGACGGCUCUCGCCAGCCCUCUUCCAAGGAGCUCUCGCUCGCCUUCGAGCAGGGCAAGGCCUUCUGGCAAGCCCUCACCAAGCAGAACUUCACAUGACUGCAUGGUGGCGCCGCGGGUGCGGAGGCCAACAACAGACAGGAGGCCGUCGGUGGUGGUGCACCCGUCACCGAGCCCAGUCAGAAUGAGCAGAAGAGCACUACACAGCCGCCCAAGCAGCAGACUUCGACCGAGCCUCAGCACAAGGAGGAGCACGACAAGUCUGGUCCCUGUGGCUUGCCCGUCAAGUGCAUUCUUUCCUAGAGUCUGAUAUCCCUCCUGCGUUGUUUGGUAGUUCUAGAUUUGAAUAAUUAUACCCCCUUGUUUUCGACCCAG